AUGUCUAAACCCAUCUCAGGUCCUCUGUUCAAUGAGGACUUUAGGAAUGAGCAGCAUCCACAAGAUACUACAGACUUGAGCGGAUGGAAUCCAAGCAGAAGAUCAAGUACAACCUUGCCUCAUCCAGCUGAAGUUCAGCAGCAAACACGAUUCAGCGAUUAUGCUUUUCCGCCCAUUCGAAGAAACUCAGCUAUUCAUACAUUGUUUGAAGAUAUCGCCUCUGUGCCAAUGUUACCUGAAGUAUCCGAAGAGCCCCUUUAUCGUGAGCAGAGAUCCAUGUCCUAUUCAUUCACGCAAGACGACGCAAAGAUGUUUAACCAUCAUCAUCUCUUUCUGGACACAAUCAUGCAAGAAGAUGACGAGGAGGAGGAUCAUCAUCAUCAACAACAGCAACAGCAGCAAGAGGAGAGCAAGAGAAUGAGAUCAAAAUCGUCUGCUGCCAUCAUGGAUAUCUGGCACCCUUCUUUGAAAGAAGAUGAUGCCAAGAAAUGGACCAUAGCGAACAACAUCAGUGGUAGAAGAUCCUCCUUGAUACCACCCUCAUUGUUAGAUCAAGAAGAUGAGCAGAUGAUUGGAAUUAGAGAUAGAAUGAGACGAUUUUCUCUUGCACCGCCUUCAACGACAUUUAUGGAAAGUACUAAUUAUCACCAGCAGCAACUACUACAACAACAACAACAACAACAACAACAACAACAACACCACCACCACCAGCAGCAGCAGCAGCAGCAGCAGCAGCAGCAGCAACAGCAACAACAGCAUACAUUAGCAUCAUCAUCCUUUUUCAUGAAUCAAAGACGACAUUCACUUGCUGGGCCAGCUCAUAGUACCAGCUACGCUAAUAAUCAGCAUCCAUCAGCAUCCUUUCAUCAUCCCUCUGCCUCCAUCUCCUCUUCUAGUCAGCAACUUCAACCUCACCAGGACAUCGUAUCUGAUCUAGCUGUUCGAGAAAGACUCUCACCGCCCUCUACCAACAACAUGAUUAUACCACAACCUAGCAACUCGGAAAUGAUCAAGGUAGAUGACAUGGGCAAAGGCACUCGACUGGAUUCGGACACCCUGAAUGAUGCCAUUUUCUAUGUCGUUGAAUUCAAGGGGGGCAGAUCAGAUGUAUUCUAUAGUCAAGGGACAAACCACAUCAAAGAGCACGAUUUGGUCCUUGUCGAAGCAGAUCGAGGCAGAGAUCUCGGCAAGAUUACCAUGGAGAACAUUACUAGACAACAAUUGGAGAUAUUCUACUCGCAAUUAAAAAACAAUAAUAAUCAGAACCCUUCGACAGAGGAAAAGAAAAAGUAUUUACCCAACGAAAUAUAUGUAAAGUGUGUGUUUAGACAAGCAAGAUCAGAUGAAAUUACACUGUUAAUGGCAAAGGGACAAGACGAGGCAAAGGCAUUGAUGGUGUGCCAGUCCAAGAUCAAGCAAAAGAAACUCAACAUGCAAGUGGUAGACGCCGAGUACCAAUGGGAUAGACGCAAGCUUACCUUUUACUUUGUCGCUGAAAAGAGAGUUGAUUUUCGAGAGCUAGUCAGAGAGCUGUUCAAAUUGUACAAGACUCGAAUCUGGAUGUGUGCUGUGAACUCCAUCAUACAGUUGAAUAAAAAUAACCUCUAG